AUGUGCGAAAGAGAGAUAGGAAGAUUAUCCGACGAGCGUAUGUGGCCGCAACAAAGCAAAGUAUUGCGUGAUAACAUUCAGGGUAUCACAAAGCCAGCUAUCCGUCGUUUGGCUCGACGUGGCGGUGUAAAACGCAUCUCUGGCUUAAUUUAUGAAGAGACCCGUGGUGUGCUCAAGGUGUUUUUGGAGAAUGUUAUUCGUGAUGCUGUCACCUAUACGGAACAUGCCAAAAGGAAAACAGUCACAGCUAUGGAUGUUGUAUAUGCAUUAAAAAGACAAGGCCGCACCCUUUACGGUUUCGGCGGUUAAGAAGUUACAUUUGCCCAAAUGUGCAAAUAAAGAAAACAAUCGGUCCUUUUCAG